AUGAUCCUUUCUACACUCGUCGGCAUCUUCGCUUUUGCUACCUAUGGUAGCGCGCAGUGGAUCGCUCAAGGAUAUUCCGGUCAGCAAUGUACCGGCCAAAGAAUUGCAUCUGUCGAAUCAAACGGCAAUGAUGUUGAGUGGGACUGCGUACAUUUGAACAACAUUGGUGGCCAAGCCGCUUCUCUGUUGAUCAGUGUCAACGGCGAUGCUGCGAACAGUUAUGCGUUCGGGCUACACCAGGGCGAAGGGGCAUGCAACGAUGAAGUCUUUGGCAGUAUCAAUCGUAAGUGA